GCGAGGUGGCACAGCUGCACCGGCGCUCCCACCGUCAGCGCCACACUGCAGCAGUUCGAGGACGCGGCCAGACUGCCUCCAUCGUCGGUACAUUGUAACUUCAACUCUAUUGAUUUUUGCUCCGGACGGAGGGGAAACUCGCCUAAAGAAAUCCAGCGCCCGACCGAGCUCCGCCACAGCCGUCGCGAGCGGCACCGCCAACCCCAGGAAGACCUCUGCACUGGCAUCGACCCAGCGCCGUGUUCCCGUGUUCCCGUGUUGGUCCUGGCCGGAGGGAACGAAUUAAGACGAGCACGGCCAGAGGCGGGUCGGGUCAGCAGGAACGAGCUAUGAAACUCCAGUGAAAACUUCUGCUUCUGCUCUCUCUCUCUCUCUCCCUCUCACCGUCUCCCUUCUUUAUUUUCUCCUCUCUUUCCUCUCUCCGUUUCUUGGAUGGCGUGGAUACUUCCUGAAAAAUCUUUUUAUAUGCUCUCUCUCGCUCUUCUCUCUUCCUCGUUUGCCUCUUCCUCCUGAACCGAAAAGGCAAAGUUGAACUGAUGAGAUUCGGUGUGGCUGAUGUGAUGUGAAACAUAACGAGGUCAAGAUAAAACGAAGUGCAGCUUAGGAUCAACGCAUUUCUUUUAACAUCGAAUGAAGAUAAGAUAUUGUUCAGAUAUCAAGCCAUACCAAUAUUGCAGAUAUCAAACAACGCACAAAUUGAUAUUGUUCAGAUACCACCAAGUUGUAUUUGCAAUAUUCCUCGCAGCUGUUGCAAGAAAGAAAACAAUUUUCCCAAAGAUUGUUUAUAAAAAGGAAGUGAUAAGAUUUUAGUAACAAACUUGCGGCAUUUUUUUUUUACUCAGUCACACCGUAGAGAAAAAAAAGAUAGAAAAGAAAAAGUUAUCUCAACGUCGGAGUUAAUGACAAGGGAAGACCACCGCUGAUAAAUAACUUUUGGUUAUUCAUUACCUAUAAUCAGUCGUACGUACAUGUAAAGAAAUAAAAUCAUCAAAGAAAAAAACAACGAAAGCGAGACAUAAAACCCCAAACAACAUUUCCUACAUUAAGAGAAAGAGAGAGAGAGAAAGAAAAGAAAGAAAAACAGGAAAAGGAAAAAUAUCAACACAAAAUCGCACCGGGAGGGAAACUUGAGGCGGCCACAGCGCAUGCGCCAGCGUACGAGCGACCCCACAGACAGCCCUAGCGUACAGGAGUGAGCGAGGGAGAGCGGGAGAGCGGGCUUCUAGCUCUCUUGACGGCUCUGAGCUCCCUUUCCUGCAGGAGUCCUUCGGGGUAGGACUGAAGGGGAACCGGAAGAACAAGCAAGAACGAGGAGGAGGAAGUGAAAGUGAAAGAGAGGGAGAAAGAAGGGAGAAUUUAUUAGCCAGUGUUUCUGUGUUGGUUUUUAUUAGUGUCAUGAGUGCGUUGAUGUCCUCGCGAGUGUGUGGUUUGCAGGAGUGAAUCGCCGUGUGUGAUGGCCAGGAUCUAUGAUCACUCCCAAGCUUAUAUUCCUGAUAUCGGUGAUCGCGAUGUCAAUCUUAAUAUACCCUUUGUAUCUUUACUUCGAAUUAUUUAUGAGUUUGUCGAUGCAACAAGGACCUCGUGAUGACUACAUUGUCGAAUUUCAGAACUGAUUCGGUGUCGGUGAAUUUCCUUUUUGUUUUCUUAAAUGUGCUGAGAAAAUAUUAAUCAAGAGUGCUUUCACGUAUUUUCGUUUUCUUUUCUUCUAUUUCUUUUCCUUUUUUUCUUGUAAUCAAGUUGAUACGUACGCCUUGCAAGUAUUUAUAUAAAUAAAUAAUCCACUUACAAUGCAACAGCUUGGUUAUUUCAAGUCACCCAUUAACGAGUAGUGCCUACAAAACGAGUGUUUAAAAAAAAAGAGAAAGUAAACAUGUGAUAGAAAAAAACAAAGUAACAAUAAAAAAAAUAACUCCGCACCCAAAAAAAAAAGAAAAAAAAUACAGCACCCCAAAAACACAGCUUCCUUCGCCAUCCCAUCUUCUCUCGCGCUCGCAAAAUUCCCCGUCCAAGAUGCACUUAUUCUUGAAGACGCUCUAUAUGCUCACCGUGAUGGUAAUGACAGGAAUAAUGAUGCUGUUGGUUCUCCUCUGCACGCCAGACUUCCACACGCGCCUCUCCUCUGGUUUCUACAGACAAACAGACCUCUCCUACAGUCAGUUCGUCAUGCAGAGUCUGGACAACCCGGGAAUUUACGUAGCCGAGGUCGCUGCUGAGGACCAGAGAGUCGACACGCCUGUGGGAGCUCCGGUAAAGAGGGAAACAGCCUGGGACUACCGAGGGAAUAACACGGGCUACCUCAAGAUUCACAUAGAUUACGCCCGCCCGCAGCACGAGCCAUGGGCGGGGACGGACUGCAUGGGCGUGCGGGUGGCCUUUGCCCGACGCAGGACUCUCCCGAGGACUGCUCUGGCGUCCUUCCCUGGCUCGGGAAACACUUGGCUCAGGUAUCUGAUCCAAAGCACGACAGGUCUCUUCACCGGCUCUGUCUACAACGACCCCCAACUGGCUUCAAAAGGAUUCUACGGGGAGAAUGAGACCCCAGAAUGCGGGUGUACCAUCGUGGUCAAAACUCACGGCUACAGUCUCGGAGGUCGGCCGGAAUCCAGGGACAAGCGACUUAAGGAGAUGAACAAGUUCUUCGGGCGCGGCCUCCUCCUCGUCAGGAACCCGUUCGACACCCUCAUCGCCUACAGGAACUUCCUCUCGGCGGGGCACUUGGGCGUGGCAGGACCCACCGCUUUCAGGGGACCAGCCUGGGACAGAUUCGUCAGGAACGAGAUCGAACUCUGGAAGUCUUACGCUGUCGACUGGAUUACACUGAGCAGAUCGUCGCACGUGGUCCACUACGAACACCUCCUGGAAGACCCUCGCAAAGAGCUCCUCAAGAUCCUACACUUCUUGAGGAUACGAGUCGACAACCGGCGGUUCCAGUGCGUCCUCAAGAACCUCAGUGGAGCCUUCAAGAGGACGACUCCCAACGGCGUCUAUUACAGGUUGAGAGACCCAUACACGCCCGAGCAACACCGAGUGAUCGAGAGCGCCAUGAACGAAGUAGACCAAGCUCUUAUGCAACACGGAUGGCCCCCUUUGCCGAUGCACCUCUACAGCUACAACUACGAGAACUUCACGAGCGCCCCUGUCAGCCACCGCCGUCAGCACCAGAGUCAGCCCUCGCACCAGCCUUCAGACAGUUCCGCCCUGACGAAGGGGACGUCGGGAGGUGAUCAGCAGAAUGAUAUAAGAGGGGAGAAGAGGAAGGCAAAAAGUCCGUUUGGGGAUCCCAGUGGGGGAGACAACGAGAGUAAUGUGAUUAAAUUAAGUCCCUGGAUGAAGAAUAGAUGAAUUUGUGGUUUUUAUUAUUUUUCCGGUUAGUUUAUUUAUCAUAUAUGUUUAAUCUUUAGUGGUGUUCGUUGCAGGUUCGUUGUAUUGCAGUGUAUAAAUGCGUGAGUGAUAAGAUGAUUUUUUUCCGUUUAUUGUUUAUAUUAGUUCAUAUAUUACAUCUUCAACUGGCAACAACCAUGACAGAGAGUUAUUUACUCAAUGUACAAUACUGACAUUUACAGUAUGAAUGUAAUUGAUUGUUUGUCUUCAAUGAUUACAUUCCUGAUAUUAUAUCCUCACUCAGUCAUAUCACAAAGAGAAGAAAGGAGAUGUAACAAAAGCAUUAUUCUUAAAAAAUUCUUUAUACCCAAAUGCUCAAAAAUAGAAGAUAUAUAUAU